AUGACCAUUGCAUAUUCUCACUUGUUUUCUUCUUCAAAGUGCCGCCAUUUUCUCCCUCCAGCCGCCACUGUAGUUUUCUCCCAGGAUCAGUUACAAGAUCCAGGUGCUAGAGGUGAAGCUGUUUGUGGGCUAGGGGAAGAAGAGAUGGUCAGUAGAACAGAGGAUAACAUUGAUGACAGCUUAGUGGCAGAAAUACCUCCUCUGAAGGCCCGAAGAACGGAGGUCCCAGAAAACAUAGUAUUCAGUGAUGCUAUCAUGAAUCAUAACUUACAGGAAACUAGUUUUAUUACAGAAGUCUACAAAAAGUACAUCAAAGAUUACACAGAAUCAGUAAAAGGCAAACUUGAAGAGCAGAGACCAGAAAGAGUAAAAUUGUUCAUGACAGGGGCUACAAAGCAAAUCAAAUGCAUCCUUGUUAAUUUCAAAAUCUACCAGUUCUUCACUGAUGAAAACGUGAUUGUUGUGAUGGAUUGUUGUGAUGUGAGGAUAAUGUGA